AUGGGUGUUACCAAGACGACUCACCAGUCCGGCUCCGGCGCCAUCCCCAAGCCCGGCCAGACUGUCACCAUUGAGUACACUGGCUUCCUCAAGGAUACCUCCCAGCCCGACAACAAGGGCAAGAAGUUCGACUCCUCGGUCGGCCGCGGCGACUUUGUCACCAGAAUUGGUGUCGGCCAGGUCAUCAAGGGCUGGGAUGAGGGUGUCACUCAGAUGAACGUCGGCGAGAAGGCUACUCUCGACAUCACCAGUGACUUCGCUUAUGGCGAGCGCGGCUUCACCGGCCACAUUCCCCCCAACGCCGACCUCAUCUUCGACGUUGAGCUCAAGAAGGUCCAGUAA